GCGCCGUUUCUCCUAUCACCAUCUUCAACUCUCUCCCUCAAUUGCAUAUCUCUGGCGGAAAUUUCAAGGCACAUCUCCAUCAUCGUCAACUCUCUCUCCCUCAAUCUCCCGCAUACCUCUAUCUCCGACGAAAUUUUCUAGGCAUAUCUCCAGCGAUUCUCUUCUUCUACAAGAAGAUUAGACUUCAUCAUCUAAGGUUCUCACUCUAUUUAUGUUUUCCUAAAGCUUUCGGGAUUUAAAUUUUAUUUAUUUAAUUUCACUGAUUUUCUAUCCAAGAUUUCAUUAGUAUAUUCUUUAUUUUAAUUUCAAAACUAUGGUUAAUUAUUACGAUUUUUGUUAGAGAGAAAUCUGUAAAUCUAGAGUUUGUUUGUUUUCUUUUGCCGUACCCUUCUUCUCUAGGGCUCAAAAUCACUCUGCACUCUGUUAAUACUCAUCAAUUUUUUUUCUUUUUUGAUAUAUCUAUAUAUUAUGAUGAUGUGAUGGUGAGAUGUGGAAUUUGAAGCUAUGCCUUCAUUAGGAUACUAUUUUAAAACUUCAUUGCAAAUAGAAAAUUUUAUGUUGCCAACAAUUUGUAAUUUUUAUUAUUUUAAUUUGUGAUAUUAGAUUUUAUUUUUGUUUGGACUCAAAUUUUUUUAUUAUUUUAAUUUUAGAUUGAAACUCACAUUUUUUUAUCAUUUUAAUUUUUUAUGUAAGAUUCUUCAUUCUUUAUUGAAAUGCUAUGUUGGGUGCAGGUGUUUGAUUUACUUUUAAUUAUGCAAUAGUGGAUCCUUUUGAUCAAAGGUUUGAUUUACUUUUAAUUAUGCUAUGGAUUGUUACUUUUUUUUGUAUUUAUGGUUACCUUGAGACUUGAAAUAUUAUGAGAUUUAAUUUAAAUUUGCUAUUCUGGUCAAUUUUUUCUCUAAUAGAAGAAUGACCAAAUAAGAAGAGGAAGAAGAAAGAACCCAAAUUCGUUUCUUUUCUGCAGGCAGGGAUUUGGAAUAAAUAUCCUCCAUCAUCAUGAAAAAUCUUAGAGGCAGAUUUCUUUCCUCCAUAUGGAUUCACAAAUACAAAUAAUCUUUUCGGCCGACCUGAUUAUUACACACAUCUCAAUUUUAAUAAAGAAACAUGGCUAAGAAUCAAAGAAGGUAAGCAACAAUAAAUACCUGUGAUUUUCAAAAGUGAACAAACUGUGUGCUGCCAUCAAAUAGGAUUUUCAAAAUAAUAAUAAUAAUAAUAAUAAUAAUAAUAAUAAUAAUAAUAAUAAUAAUAAUAAUAGUAAUAAUAAAGCCUGAGAUAUUACUGGAAAUCGAAAAUGAAUGUUUUCCGGAGAAGAGGCGACUGGUAGCCACAGCAGCAGAUUCCAGCUCCUCUUUCCACAAUAGCCCUGAUUUUGAUCUGUGAUCCUUCAACGGAGAAGCCAAGGACCUCCUUCUUUAUAAGUAUGAUUGAAUUGUUCUUGAGGGACAAAGCAGUUCUUCAUUAACCUCUACUCCUGCACAACACAACUCCCUCUAACCCUAAAUCCGGAGAACUCGCAAAUCGCCCACGAGGUGCCGCAGGAUUCCUCAAACAAAAAACGUAGCAAUUAACCAUAGUUUUGAAACUAGAAUACAGAAUCUACAAAUUAAAUAUCGGAUAGAAAAACAGUGAAAGAAAUAAAAUUUAAAUACUGAAAAUUUUAGAAAAAUAAAUAGAGUGAGAACCUUAUAUGAUGAAGCCCAUCUUGUAGAAGAAAGAAUCUUUGAGAAUUACCUUGAAAUUUCCGCCAGAGAGCAGGGCAGCCGAAGAUAGAGAUAUGCGAUUGAGAGAGAGAGUUGACGAAGAUGAUAGGAGAAACGGCGUAGAGACUGAUUGACGGAAGAAAAGAAUUGUUAUUUUAUUCGUAAUCCGUCAGUGAUUUGAUUUGAUUUGGUUUGAUCUCUGACUAUGUUUGAGCGAGUGGAAACGAAGGGUGGUGAUGAUGAUGAGCUGGAGAUGUUGCUGGAUGAGAUCCCUCACGCGACAUGCUUCAACCAUCAUCAUCAUCAUCCUCAUAGCAUCCGUGGCGUCGGCUGUUAUGAGUAUGAUCAAGACCUCGGGUCGAAUGCGAGGAACAAAAUGCAGGGCGGGAAUUUUUGGUAUGAUCAUCACGCGUGUGUCUCCCCUGUCAGUGGAUUUUCCUUGAAAUCUGAUGGAUCCUCUUCCAGCUUCGUAUCCGGCGGGUCUCCCACGCCAUCCCCAUUUGAAGAAGUCGUGAACUCCCAAUUUCAUUGCGGGAUCUCUGGGGGUGUGAAUAGGUUGUGGAUUGAUCCCGAUUCUUAUCACGCCAAUUCAAACAAGAGGUCGAGUGAUGAGGAACGUUUCUUCGAACUGAAUCGUCUGUCAAGGAGUUUCAGUGGAAUGUAUAUUAAUGAGGAGGAGCAACAGAAUCGUUCGAAUGGGAAAUCUUCGCGGGUGAUUUCUGACAAGUACUGGUCUUCUGGUGUGGGAGGCUUUGGAUCACCUCUCAUUCCAGUGACAAGAAAUGAUCAUCUGGGUGUUAUUGGCCAGGUGGCUUCUCCAGUGGUGAUUAAUAACCAGGCCAUUAGUACCACGGAUUCGCAGUUUCAUCGGAUGAAAGUGGCAGCUCAUCUCCAUCAGAUGGGGGUACCGUUUGUAGACCCGCCGAGCAAUGCUGUUACAAGCAAUCGCUAUCCACGUGUAAAUGGAAGGUAUGCUACUCAAGAUUCGUCCAACAAUGUCCCUAAGGUGGCGAACAUAAAGCCACACGUUGAUUCGGAAAAUAUAAGAAGGUACAAGGGACGACAUUCAUGUGGGGUCAAAAUACCUAUGAUGCGGAACAUUGAGGCGUUUGAUCGGGAGGAUGGCUUGAUGAAAUAUGGGAAUGGAAAUGGACACCGUCGUUCGGUUAGGGCUCAAGAAAGGAGAUCGUCGCAGAUAGAGAGUGGCGUGGACGAGAGGGUGCACCAUUUCCCUUUCUCCCUCCCACUAAAGCUUUGCUCAUUGGGAGAAGCUAAAGAGUAUAUUUAUGAGAUUGCAAAGGACCAACAUGGUUGCCGGUUCUUGCAAAGAAUGUUUGAUGAGGGAAGUCGUCAAGAUGUGAAGACAAUAUUCAACGAGAUAAUCGACCACGCUGUGGAGCUUAUGAUGAACCCUUUUGGGAAUUACCUCAUGCAAAAGCUCUUGGAGGUUUGCAAUGAAGAGCAAAGGAUGGAAAUAAUUCUCAGGGUGACACAAGAGCCUGGACAGAUUGUCAGAAUAUCUUUGAACACUCAUGGGACCAGAGUAGUUCAAAAGUUGAUUGAGACAUUGAAAACCCGGCAACAGAUUUCGAUGGUCAUUUCCUCACUUGAACCAGGAUUUCUUGCCCUGAUUAAGGACCUGAAUGGUAACCAUGUUAUUCAGAGAUGUUUGCAGUAUCUUACCAUUGGAGACACUGAGUUCAUAUUCAAUGCAGCUGCAAGGUACUGCAUGGACAUUGCAACACACCAACAUGGCUGUUGUGUUCUUCAAAGAUGCAUUGCCCACGCGGUUGGAGAACAUCGUGAAAGAUUGAUCGCAGAAAUUUCUGCCAAUGGACUUCUUCUAGCUCAAGAUGCCUUUGGAAACUAUGUGGUUCAGUUCAUUUUGGAGCUAAAGAUACCAUCUGCAACAUCCAAGUUAAUAUCUCACUUUGAGGGCAACUUUGUACAUCUCUCCACACAGAAGUUCAGCAGCCAUGUGGUUGAGAAAUGCCUCAUUGUAUGUGACUACAAGGUCCAAUCAAAGAUCAUCCACGAACUCGUCUCCGCGCCACAUUUUGAGCACCUUCUUCAGGACCCGCACGCGAACUAUGUUGUUCAAACAGCUCUCCGAAUUUCCGAGGGCUGUCUACAUAGUUUACUAGUCGAGGCGAUCGAUUCCCACAAAGCAGUCUCGCGAAACAGCCCAUAUUCAAAGAGGAUUUUCUCAAACAAAAUUUGGAAGAAGUGAUGUGUAAAUGGUAAAGAGAGAGAUUUGAAGGUGUUCAUCUCAUGAUGUGUUCUAAUCACAUGCCAAUAACUGAUCUGCAAUUUU